AUGACUCGUCGCACUUCCAUUGAUUCAGCGUCAUCUUUAGGUGAUAACAGAGCCGACUUCAAAGGCGAAAAGGAUGUCAUCACGGUUAUCGAAUCGGACUCGUCCAUUGAAUCCGACGCAUUAGAGCGUAACCCAUUCUUGGAUCCUAAAGUUGAAGAGUACUAUCGUGACUUGUACACAAGCUCUAGAUACGAGAGCUACUCUGCAUUCGACCCCAC